UCCUUUGUUGUGGUCUUAAACUUUAAGCUAGCUGAUCCAUAUAACGGUUGUUAAAUAUGGAUGAGUAUAUUAUUGAAUAUUUUGUGUUUUACAUUUGCAACGAUAAUGAGGAAGGACCAUCUUCGUACUGUUAUCAUUCCUGGGGGGUACUGAAAUACAGAAUCAGCCAAAAUAAUGUAUACAGAUCAGGAAUAAAAGCAAAUGCUAUCUUUUGGGGAAACAUUGUACAACAGUACAGUGUCAUCUAUUUGUCUGAUUCAUGUUCGACAGGAAUUUCUACGACUAACGUUUCUUAGACAAACCUGUACUGCAGAUGCGAUGUAAGAGCGCCAUCGAGAACAGCGACCAAUCAUCGCUCAUAACACUUGCAUCUAUAGCCACUGAUUGAAGUGGCGUUGUCAGCCAUUUUAGCCGCAGAUUUUUAUAGUACUGGGACAGUUUGUUAGUAAUUGGGAGUAAUGUUUUCGAACUUGAAUUGCGAUUUCCUCUUGAAUACGUUGCUUGAGCUAAGUAUAUACGUCCAGUGGCGCUAAGCUACUAUUAUGUUUUAGAGCCAUUGUUAUUUCUUAGUUUCAAGCUGUGAGAAAAUGGCGAAAGUACAUCCACGUGUGACCGAAGUUGACAACCGGAGCUUUAUUUAGGAGCACUUGAAGGCAGCAUGUGUGCGUCGUCGUUUCCAUGGUUGCAUUUCUGGACUACUGGCGAACACAGGAAAACACCUGUUAUCACGUAGACAAACAUCUUUAUGACACAGACUGUCCACCUACGACAUAAACAUGGAUAAAGAACUCAAACAUGAAAAGAUCUGUCAAGUGUUGAAGACUGAGCAAGAGAAGCAUUCUUCGUCUUUGAGACAAGCAGUUCUGGUCAACCAGUGGGACUCUGUGGGGUCCGACACAGAGAGCUUGGCUCAGGAGAGAACUUACCUACCGCAGCUACAAAUGUUACAGCAUGGCGAUAGAGAGGAUGAAGAUGUUCAGGUUAUUUAUGAUAGCCUAGAAGUGGAAGGCCACUCCCAUGCUAAGAGGAACCCCACCCUGCUACAGACUGAAUACGUGGAUACACAAUUAGAUGAAAGAGAAGGAAUAAGCCAGCUGCGUUCUGAUGAUGCCUAUUCUGACCUGCGCUAUGACCCCAACUGGAGGACCAACCUGAAGGGAGCUGGCCGCUUCAGUGAGAGUCCACGGAUUUCCGUUGAGCAAUACCAAGUCCCUUUAAAGAAAUCUAGUCAAGCAUGUGGUUACAAACAAGGAGUGGAAAUGAAAGGAGAUUACAGAUACAUUGUCGACACAAGCCCAGCUGUUGUGAUAACUCCUCACAUGGCUAGCAAUCAGUCUGACCAGCCAUACCGCCUACAUCCACAGGACGGUCAGAAUACCUCGAUAGCAUUCCCCCACUGUUACAGCUGUUCUUUACAACUUAGAUCUCCAGAGGCUGACCUUUCAAGGCCAUCCAGCAUUCUCACUAAAAAUGAAAGUGACAACGCUUCACAGAGAGAAAUCAGAAAGAAGUGUGAAAAUGGCUGUGACGAUGUCAGCAGGUCUCAUGAGCCGACAGAGGAUGUACACACUAUGUACAUCCCAGAAUGUAAGACCUUCUACCAGCAAGAGCAGAGAUGCACACAAGGCGGAUCCACACAAACGCAGCAUUUAAACAUGUCUGUAUGGUCGAGGAAGAUUUUAUCAAAUAAAAAGCUAGAAGGACUCAAAAAGGACAUAGUGGAACGCAAUAAAUUAACUCUGGGGCGCAACACAUCCAAAUCUGGGUCUUAUGUGUCCGUGCAUUCACUUAAGCACGACAAGCCUCAUAAUGUGAAUAAGGUGCAGAUAACAAAGGAGACCGCCAGCACAGAAAGUCAAGAGGACAGUUCAGACCCCAAGCUGAGGUGGCUCCAGAAUACACAACAGUUGAGGGUCACCCAGAUCAGCAAAGGGAAGAAAGCGCAACGGAAAGAAUACCUCAGUCCUCCUCAAAAGGAGCGGAACCCUUCCCCAGGGGUCAGAGAUGAGCUGGGAGACUGUCUGAGCUUUCCCUUAGCAAGACCAGGCCCUCUAACUCAGCCAAAACCUCAGAAGACGACUUCAUCACAGCCUUUGUCCCCCACCUUCCACCUCAACAUCAACCUGAAGACUUCAUCCCAUCUCCCUCCAUUGCUCGAGCCGAGGGGCCAGGAGGCCAUCAUCCACAUGGCUUCUCUUCAUGACUGUCCUCAUGGAAGCUUUGCAUCUCAAACUGAGCUUGCACAGUUAUCUGGUUAUCUGCAAACAAAUCCAAGAAAGUACUCCCAAAUAUCUUGGAAAGGGGUAAAUACACAACUUCACCACCAGAACCUGGAGAGUAUCCCUGAACAAUGGCAAAGGAUAACUGCAAUUAAGUGGCCAUUAUCCUGUGAUGGGGAUGAGCAGACAUGGAGUCCAAAUGAGCUUCCCUGUAAGCAAUUUCCACAAAACCUCCCUGGGACACCCACCAGCACCUUGUCAUUGGGUUCAGGCUCCGACACAGUUCUCCCCCCUAUAGGAAAGCCUGCAGCAGGAAAACAGCUGAGCCCCAGUCCAAAUGUGAACCCAGCCUAUGCCAUCCAUAGAAGCAGCUCUGAUGGCUACCUGGUUCAAAUGGAGAAACAGAUGCAGCUGAAAACGAGAGUCGCGUACAAGGCAUACAGUCUUAAAGACUAUAAGCAGCUGAAGUCAGAUGUAGUUCUACAAGGCCUGGGUCCUGACUACAGAGCCCUUGAAAAGACAGCUGAGAAAAUGAAACGGCAGAGGCUGUAUUCAAAUGUGAUCCACGAGCAGAACAAAAAGAUAAGUAGGAUACCCUUUCUACUGGCCAAGGACCUGGAAGGCAAUGACAAGAAAGUUCCCAGGAUGAAGGCGUUGGAAUAUGCCAAGACCAUAGCCAAACCCCCUGUACAGCCUCAGCCAAAACAGAGACGGAAACACCAGUCUGAAGGCUUCACAAAACACUGUCCUUACUUGGAGGCCUUGGACAUGUCACCGCCAGCAACACUGGAAGUACUUAGAAAAAGACAUGAAGAAGAAAAGAAGGCUGUGGCUCUGUUCAGAAAAGAACAUGUUGUGUGAAACAAGGUGCAAUUCAUGUAAGCAGUCAAUGGAACCAUUGCUGUCAUAGAUAUUUGUACUCCAACAAGUACAACACAACAUGCUGUCUCAUUCAAUUUGCUGGUCACAUCAGCAAAUUAUUAGUAUACAUGUUUGUACAUUUUUCAAAAGACCAAUAGAUAACUAAGAUAAUCUCCAAGAAAAGUGGCAAUACUCAGUCAGCAUCUCUGGUACUUUCACACUGAGUGUCACCAAGUCACAUUUGACAAGAAAUUCAUUAGAUAGCUACACUGCUAAGAGAGAGGCUAGUGUUCUCUCAACACAUACAGACGUAAAGCUACUAAAAUCCAUGCUUAUGGUAGGUGGUGAAAAGAGUGAUAAAAAUAAAUGGUGUUAAAAUCAAAACAACAUGAUGGUCCUCUAGUUUAAUACAAUCAAGAAGAAUCUUUAUAAAAAAGAAAAACAACAGAUCUAUAUAUACUAAUCCACUGACAGGGGAAGUGAAUAAAUGUAGUCAUAUGUUUACAAUGCACUGUUCUGUGGGGAAACCUUGAGCUCUGGCAUUCAUGUGGGUGUUCUAUGACACCCCUCUCCCUCCAAUGGCGAUGGCUCUUCCCGUCAGCAACAGACUCCUCCCCUACUGGACACCAUACGCUGUUACAUUUGGAAGACACCUCAGAAAAGUCUCAAGG